ACCAUCGCAACGCUGUUGUUUAUAAAUGGCGGACGAUAGCAGCCUCUUGAUGAAAACGCAUGAUUAGUGAAAUGUGAAAUAGUGUUCAUUUUUUCACCGUUUCAAACAAGGCUAUAUCAAAUUUUACUUCUCUACCUUUACAUAGACUGCAUUUCUUGUUACCUACAUAUUUGAAAGAUAAGAACAAUAGUAAAGUCAAUUUUAUCCCAAGACGAAAAUCACGUUUUUCUCUAUCGCCGUUUAAAACAAGAUUAUGUUUAUAGAUAGUGGAUGACGACCCAACAUCGACAAAUAUAAAAAUGUCAAGCACCUCAAGCAGAUCUUCAACACCUUUGACUGGAGUUUCAAAACUCCCUCCAAUUAUUACUAAUGAGGCAGAUCGAGAAUUCUUGUAUCAGAUAAAUGGCUUUAUUGACAAAGAAAUGGCCAAAAUCAAACCAAAAAAUGAAGAUCAGCGGUACCUUAUCUACAAGGCAGUCUUUAACAAGAUCAUUGAACAUGUCACAGCUUACAAAUAUCUUCUUACUACCAUAAAGAAAGAAUAUGAAGACAUAAUAGAAGCUAUCCGUACAGCUCAGCAGAAAUCUGUCUUUCUACAAGGAAAGCUGAAAGCAAUGGCAUCAGAACCAUCUACUAUUAGAAAUUACAAAAAGCGAUGUGAUGAGUUGGAAGAGAGAAUUGCUAUUGUAAAGAAAGACAAUGAAAGACUCAGCAAGGAGUUGCUGGAACUGAAGGCUGAGCGAGAGGUGAGGGAGAAGAAACCUGAAGAGAAACAGGCUCCAGUGAAAGAAGUCAAGAAGGACAACCGCAGAAUUCCAGGAUUAACACUGGAAGAAUCCACAGAUAUAAGUGUUCUUAAUCGUAAGUUUGAUCAACUGGACAGACAAUUGAAAGAGCUGAAUAUCAGCUUAAAAACAAGAUUUCUUCCAAAAACACAGAAACUCCAGCUUAAAGAUACCCUUGAUAAAAAGGUGAGCUAUCGUGACCAGCUGCUGUGGCAGAGCCAAGUAUAUAAAGCUCGCGGACAAAAACUUGAAAUAGCUCUAGAGGCAGCCCAAGCUUACAACCGCGUGAAACCACCUCACCAAACAGUUGGGGAUGCUGUGAUAUUGGCAUUCCAACAUGCAAUGGGCACUGCCGCUGCUGCUGAGAAAGAUCACCCAGCUGGAGGAGAUGGAGUUGACAAUACACCAUCAGAAACAGCACAUUCAAGUACAUUUGAAGAUGAUGAUCCAAACAAAGAGAAGGAAGCAGAGGUGAUGUUGGAGUAUAUUGAAAAGUUCAAUGAACUGUUUGAAGAUGAUAAAUUUGAAGAAGCAGCUAUUCAUGCUGCCAACAGCCCUAAAGGCAUUCUACGAACACAAGCCACUCUGGCUAAAUUUAGAGAUGUUACAAGCAAAUAUGGUGGUCGCUCUCCUCUCAUGGCCUUCUGUGAUGCUUUGAUGUCUUCAGUCAAAGCAACAAUCCAUAAGCCAAAUGAAGGUUUAUCUCUGGACUGUGUAAAGGCAGGUCUUGAAGAGAAUCGCCUUGAUCUUGUCUGCCACUGGCUAGCUCAAGACAGGUUAACUGUGACAGGAGAUAUGGGACAUCUCAUUGAAGACCACUGCUCCUGUCAGGUACCAUGCAUGUGUGGAGGACAAGCCCUAGCUCAAAAUGUUUUUAUGCGCAUGCACAUGCAUAUGGAUUCUGCAAUGUGCCUUGUGAGGCAGGGAAAGGCGAACAUGGCUUUACAACAUGCCAAGGAAAAGGGUGUCCUAAGCAGUGAUUUCCUUCUGUUCAUAUUAAAGCACUACCCUUCCUUGCAGCUAUUGGAGUUACUGUUUCAAGGAGACUGCACACUGAAGGUUGGGGGUAGUACUGAGCAGUGUGGUCAUGCAAGCAGUAACAGUGUGACUACUAGAAGCAAGACUGAGGAUUCUAACAUUAGUGGAAAGGGAACAGUCUUGCCAUUAGGUGUAACGCUGACUACUUUAAAGAAAUCUGGACACUGGCAUCUGGCUGAGGGGUGGCUUCAGCGAUUGGUUUAUGACCACCAUGAAACAGGUAAAUUCAGGGAGAUCCUACAGAAGGCUGUGCUUGAGGAUGAUGUAACCACCAGCAGAGAGUGGAAUGCUCUAAUCAAGAUGAUGCACGAUGAUGGUCUUGAGGACCUCAGUCUUCAACUCAUGGCUGUUGUCAUUGUGGCAACUUCCCUCAAGUCAGCUUUAAAAGCUCAUCAAGCUUCUCUACAUAUGACAGGAUCUCUGUAAUAACUCCUUCCCCACUCUCACUUUGGAACAGUGACUAUACUUUGAUAAAAGAUUCCCAAUACAAGCUACAUGAUUAAUUCAGCUACAGGUGGAUACAUGGGGAAAUGGUCACUCUAGGUGAAGAUCUACUCAAUUAACCUACUCAUUUUCUCACUGAAGUAGAGCUAGCUUAUCACAACAAGAGAGUUAAGCAGACCAGAUUUUUUUUGGGGGGAGGGGGUUGUUCAUCUACGGUUAAUGAGCAUUGUUAUUGUUGCUCCAAAAAUUGCAUCAAAUGUAGUUCCACCAUUAUUAAUAGCUUAGCUGGCAUGGCAUAUUGAAAGAUGUUUUCUUGUUAUUGUGUGAAAAACUGUUUAAAGUAAAAUUCCUUUUUUCCCACAUAAAUAGCAGUAGAAAUGUGGAUAUUAGGUUAAUAUAUCUUAUAAAGCAGAGUAUGAUGUCCAUGCUUGUUUGACCACUGAUCAUAUCCACAUUAUUUGAUCCCCAUCAAAUUGGGCAGGAAUAGUCAUUUUUAUUAUGCAAAUGUUGUAGGCUAUAUUCAGUAGAUGUAUGCUGUGAAGGAGAAUGGUUAUAUUUUGCACUCUAAGAUACUACUGCUGGGUACUGAUGAAACAAUGCUAUGCAGAAGAAAUUUUCAUACAUCUUUUACAGAAUAAGUAAAAAUGUUAUCAUUU